UGCAAGCUACAGGCUAGUACGUAAUUGCCACUCCUCCUUAAAAGGAGAGUGUCACCAUAAUCGCCAAGGCCCCAAUUGGUAAACACUAUGCAGUUACUUGUAGCACUGGUAGGCCUACGUGUGUUUGUUGCUCAAUGGUUUGUCACGUCAUCUCCACAUAAAGAAGAAACUGACAGCAGUGUCUGAAGCGUGACCAAAAAGCAUUCAUUAAGAUGUAGAUGUUCCCUCACAAGCCUCAGGAAUUUCACCCCAAGGGUAACAGCAGGCCGUGACACAACCCUGGUCCCUGGGCACCGCUCCCACGACCCACCCCCUAAACCCAUGCACAACGAUAGCAAGGCCUCGCUCACGCUUUCUUGUCCACAUGUACAUGUAAUUAAGUUGUAAACUCGCACAGCAAAUGUUGCAAGACCAAAAGUUGAGCUCCAAAAAGCAAGGAUCGAAACCAGCACAGUAAAGGCUUAUUGAAAUUCCCGUGAAUUUAACAUUCCGUAAAAUUAGAAUUCUACAGUAGGACUUAUUUGUAUCUGUACAGAUCUGUACGACAUAAGCACUGGGAACUAUUGGCAUUUUUGCACCAACUGUCGUUAGCUGAUUCCCAGCAGCCUGUUGUGUUUACGGUUCAACUCUUGUGGAAUGCAGAGAAGAAAACGCGUGUGCUCCACGUAAGAAUCAAACCACCUGUGUCUUCAUCACGUAGAAGCAACAGUUACCAUAGAUAACAUCUCACCAUGGCUGAGUUUGUGAACCGUAUAGACGUUGCAGAUUAUGUGAUCAUUGGGCUGUACUUCUUUUUUGUUGUACUCGUUGGAUUGUGGUCCAUGUACCGAUCCAACCGCACCAAUGCUCAGGGGUAUUUUCUUGCGGGAAAGACAAUGUCGUGGUGGCCGGUCGGCGCUUCCCUGUUUGCCAGCAAUAUCGGCACGGGUCAUUUCAUCGGUUUGGCAGGGACCGGUGCCGCCGCUGGUCUCGCAGUUGGACUUUUUGAGAUCAUGGCUGUUUGGUGUUUGAUCGCUCUCGGAUGGAUUUUUGUCCCGGUCUACUUGUCAGCUGGGGUUUAUACAAUGCCGGAGUAUCUGCGCAAGCGCUACGGAGGGCAGCGUCUACGUAUCCUGUUAGCGGUCUUCUCGCUCUUUCUCUACAUCUUCACCAAGAUCUCGGUUGAUAUUUUUGCUGGUGCGAUCUUCAUUCAGUUGGCCUUCAACUGGAACCUCUAUACAUCCAUUAUUGUACUGUUGGUGGUGACUGCCAUCUACACAAUAGCAGGUGGACUGGCUGCCGUGAUCUACACAGACGCAUUGCAAUCUUUCAUCAUGGUCGUUGGGGGCGUAGUGCUAAUGGUCAUCAGUUACAUCGAGGUUGGCGGCAUGGAAGAACUGCAAAUUAAGUACUUUCAGGCUAUCCCAACUGACACGACAGAGGGCCUCCUCAAUUUGACUUGCGCUUAUCCUCGACCGGACGCCUUUAACAUAAUGAGAGAUCCUCUGAAUUCGGACCAGCCGUGGCCAGGAGCUGUAAUCGGCAUCACCUUCAUUGGCGUCUGGUAUUGGUGUUCAGACCAGGUGAUUGUACAACGAGCGCUAGCCGCGAAGAAUAUGAGCCACGUGAAGGGCGCCACCAUUCUGGCAGGCUUCCUGAAACUGCUACCGAUGUUCAUGAUCGUCAUCCCAGGCAUGAUUGCUCGGGUUCUGUUUAAAGAUGAAGUAGCGUGUAUUGGUGCAGAAAGCUGUUUAGCCGCUUGUGGUUCUGAAGUGGGUUGUUCUAACAUCGCUUACCCUAAACUCGUCCUCGAACUCUUACCAACAGGUCUUCGUGGUUUAAUGGUUGCCGUGAUGAUGUCUGCCCUGAUGAGUUCACUGACGUCCAUCUUUAACAGUGGUAGUACAAUCUUCACUAUGGAUAUCUGGCGCCGCAUACGACCACGGGCUCAUAACUGGGAAUUGAUGAUUGUGGGAAGGUUAUUCAUCGUAGUCUUGCUUGGUAUCAGCAUCGUGUGGAUACCAGUGGUUCAGGCGGCCCAGGGUGGACAGCUCUUCAUCUACAUCCAGUCUCUGCAAUCAUACUUUGCUCCUCCUGUCUUCACGUGUUUCGUCAUGGGCAUAGCGUGGGGAAGAAUCAACGAAAAGGGAGCAUUUUGGGGUCUUGUCUGUGGUAUCCUACUAGGAAUACUGCGAAUGGUAUUGGAUAUCAUUUACCCCGCUCCUGCUUGUGGUGUUUUAGACGACACCAGGCCAGCAUUCGUUGCGAACAUCCACUUCCUGUACUACAACUGCAUUGUGGGAGCUGUGUCUAUGUCCGUCACUGUUGUUGUUAGUCUCCUGACCAAGGAGUUGCCACCGGAACAUGUGUUGGGCAUGACCUAUGCCACCCGAGGGAAGAGGAACAUCUACAAGAAAGGUACAAAACUUGCAGAUGAAGACGAGGAAGUCACUGAUAAUGUUUCCCUGGAAAUGAAGAAGAGCAAAAAUGCAGAAGACUUUGGAAACACGGAGAAAACGGAAGAUCUUCAGUUACCCCUAUGGCGAAGAGGUGUCUACUGGUGUUGUGGUUACUCAUCCGAAGCAAAAGACGCCGAGGUGCCAGACCUGGUUGCGUCACUGCAUGAGAAGAAAACAUGGCGGAUAGUGACACUGGUACUCGCCGUUAUAGUUUUCGGAGCAAGCAUUGUCAUCAAUGUUAUCUACUGGUGAAGGAUAACUGGUAUCCCAACAAAGCAGUCCAGGGCGCUCAUAGUUUGUUUCGUAGAUCUUUUACUCAUUAUUUACCUAUAUCUACUUUCCAUUAUUUGUUCUUCAUUGUAGUAUUUUAAUGCAAACUAGAGUAUAAUAAACAAUGCUGCUAUAACAAGUGCCACCCAGGGUCUGUCAAUAAAACAGAAGAUGAGGGGUGCGUUCGAUUAGUUUCCCCGUGUCGAUCCCGUCUGCCUCCGGUGCGUUCGAAUAGCUUUGACGUCAUUCCAGGGGCUCACCCGGGUCAGCCCCCAGUAUUUGUGGAACGGGUAACUUGGGGCCGCUGGCUCGAGGUGCAAGACGUCACCACUCACCACGAGAGGGCAAGUGUGAUCGUUCGAUUAGCUUUUGCCAGGGGCUCACCCGACGAGUGAGCAUCGCGGGGUCAAUACAGAUGGGGAAGCUAAUCGAACGCACCCAAAUGAAAGUAAGAUUUUGUAACUUUGCAUGGUACAAUAAUGAAGACUAUCAAGUGAGGUUUGCGGAUACACUGUGCUCAAAACUCUCGCUGCGAGUUUGUGCGCUUGUUCUGAAGCGAACCGGUGCACCGUGGUGGUGGUUAACCGCCCAAGAGGUGACAAUACGCGUCUUUGGUUCAGAACCACCACAAGUCAUAGACAGUUUUUUGAAGGGCAUUCUCGGUGUCUCCGCAACUCCCUGGAUUAUAUCCUGGAAAAUUAGUUUUUCUAAGGAAUUUUUGCAAGUCUCCCUGUUUGUUGAAAACACGUACACAUUCGUUUAUGUUUAUGUUUUUUUUAGUAGGAAGUUGUAGUAGACCUGACAGUUAAUCUUUUAUUCAAAUUGGUAGAAACACUGGCCGUCUGUUUUCCCUUCCAACUUGUUUUACCGUUCUUUUAGGUUGAGUCGAGUAGUUUAUAUUAAGAUACACGAUUUUUAUAGUAGUUCAAAUAAUAUA